AUGGCAGCUCUAGCGCAGGAAAGGCCGGUGCUCGCGAACACCUCUGCGGUCCCAACUCACUACGGCAUCCUCCUCACCCCCUCCAUCACGCCCAUCGACAUGUUCGGCCCAAUGGACGUCUUCCAAGGCCUCGCCAUGGCCUUCCAAAACCUAACCGGCCCCAUGCACCUCUCCAUCAUCAGCGUCAAUUCCACCCCCUCAACAACCAACCCGCCCAUGCCAGGCAUGGACUUCGGCAUGGCCCUUCCCCCCACCAUCACUAUAGACGAAUACCUCCAAGCCGCCGCCACAAACUUCACAAACGUUGGUGAAAGCUCCACAAACAGCACCUGCCACACUAGCAGCAACAUUCCUGGUCCUCUGGAUGUGCUGCUCGUCCCUGGAGGCGGCGGCACCCGCAAGGACGUCUCCGCCGAAAUCUCCUUCGUCCGCACCGUCUACCCCUCCCUCAAGCACCUCAUCUCCGUCUGCACGGGCUCCACCAUCGUCGCGCGCGCAGGCGUCCUCGAUAACCGCCGCGCGACCACGAACAAGAAGGCCUGGGCGUGGGCGACGUCCUUUGGCUCCAACGUGUCGUACGUGCCGCACGCGCGGUGGGUCCAGGACGGCAAUGUGUGGAGCAGCAGCGGGGUGAGUGCGGGCGUGGACGUGUCGUAUGCGUUCUUGAGUAGUGUUUAUGGGGAGGAGGUGAGCAGGUGGGUGGCGGAUGUUAGUGAGUAUACGAGGUGGGGGAAUGCGAGUUAUGAUCCUUUUGCGGAGAGGUGGGGGCCGUUGAAUGUGACGGCUUUGGAUGGGAGUGCUGCGGUGUAG